ACGGAGAUAAAAAUUCGUACCCCUUCAUGGUCAGUGCUCUCAAUGUCAAAAAAAAAUCCAGCAUUCCGCUCUGGCAGGGACACUUGUUUCUUUGUUCACUUGUCAACUUGUGAAAAUGAAGGACAGCUUUUCUUUCAAGGCCAAGGAUAUGAGCAAGUCAUAAGAGAUGCUUCAGAUAAACCACCAAUGGAUGUGCAGGUUACAUGCAACGUCUCCAGCCUUGAAUGUGGUCAAUUAGCACUCAUCAUCAUUCCCAGUCUCCUGGUUCUUAGCACACUGACUAUCGUAUCUCGGAUAAUAUGGAGCUUCUUAAAAAAGAAAUCAGUUCUGAGGUCCUCGGCAGCGUCUUUCGAUCGAAAUGGUCUUCUGCCUGGACACAAAGCUCUGAGCUCAUGGGAAAUGCCCGCCCACUGCAUCCUGGAAGGGGUGGAGUUCCUGAAAAAUGGCCGAUAUGGGGCUACCUGCAAGGGCCAGUUGAAACGAGAUGGAGUUGCCACUGCUGUGGUAAUUAAAAUGUUCAGAGGAAGUUCAAACAGUCAGGAGGCAAAAGUGUUUGUGGAGUUGGCCUUGUUCUACUCAACAGUUUGCAAACACGACAAUCUGGUGCGCAUGCUGUACUGCCAGACACAACGAUCUCCCAUGUACAUGGUUUUCGAGAUGAGCACUCCUGGAAAUCUGCUACAUUUCUUAUGGAGCCUUCGAGAGGGUGGACAUGGGAAGUGCCAUCAAGAACAGUCUUUUUCAGAGAGAUCUGUGUAUUUAGUGGCCAAACAAGUGGCAACCGGUCUGGACUACCUGCUGUCAGAGCACAGGCUUGUGCACGGGAACGUCGCGGCACGCAGCAUGCUGAUUGGCUCCGGGCUUCUGGUGAAAGUGUCCGGAUUGGACUCGGCUUUCGAGUCGAGGCAGAUGGAGACGGAGACAGUGGGAAAGAAAGGGACAGAAGGAGUGCCUCUGAAGUGGCAGGCACCAGAGAGACUACUCAGACUUCCUGUUACAGCCAGGAGUGAUGUGUGGUCCUUUGGAGUGCUCCUCUAUGAGUUGAUAACUUUAGGUGCUCCUCCAUUUCCUGAACUGGAGCCAUCGGAGACGUUCCUCCAGACAUUGGCCAAUUACAAGCUAAAAAGACCUCCAAACUGUGGAGGGGCACUGUUUGACCUCAUGAAAUAUUGCUGCAUGUGGAAUUUUAAGGAUCGCCCGGCUUAUUCUGCUAUCAUCAAACUGCUGGAGUCGUACAUCCACCUGGCUGAUGCUAAACCCCUCAGUGCAACACAACACAUGGACAUUUCUGAAUACAGAACGAAGGCAGGAGUUCCACCUUGAGUUUUCAGUGCGUACAUAAGGCCGUAUUCAGAACUGGCAACUUAAGUCCAAAUGUAAAGUCAAUAUUUAAAUGGGGAAAGUUGUUUGUAGCUGUUCAGAGACUGGUUAUGCAGUUGCUCAAGUCAAUUUUCUGGCCUCCAAGCAUCUGAGAUGGGUUUUCAACCACAUCUAUACUACUACCUUUAAAUACAAGCGCCUGCCUUUACACCUGAUAAAAAAAUAUAUGACUGAAGAGCAAGAGUCAAAUGUAAUAUGAUGUAACAUAAAAGCAAGGGACAAUAUCUAAUAAGAACCCAGUAUAUUGCCAAAAAAUUUUUUUUGCAUGAAUUGUCCUAGUUUAGAAAAUUUGGUUUCAAUAUGGCUUCCACCCUCAUUAUUCGGCAGCUUAUAGAAUAGCACUUGAUCCAGCACAUGCUAUUAUUUUGCUUUGUUUUUUAAAUCAUGGGUUGACUAAAUCGAGGUCAUAAAAUCAAUGUGUAUGUGGAGCAGGCUAUUUUUAUCAUGCCUUUAUGUUCGUUUGUGUAAUUACUAAUAUAAUGUCAAUAUUUUGUAAAUUCAGUGCACUCUCCUGUAAAGAAAACAUGCACAAGAUUUGAAAAAUAAGCUGACUGAGCUCUCUUCUGCUAUGCUUGCAGUAUUAUUUAUAAUUUUAUUGAUAAAAAUUUGGUCUUCAAGAUAAACAUUGUCUUGAAUUAAGAUGCUAUGAUGUCUUUGGUGUGAAAAAACAAACCUUCUUGUGCACUAUAAAAGGAUGAUAUUAUUUAUUAA